AUGCAGUUCACAUCCACCGUCCUCGUUGCUCUCCUCACCUCUCUCACCCUCGCCGCCCCCCAAAAGAACUCCAAACUCAAUCAAUACGCCACCAUCGAUGACUGCAACAACGACCGAAACAUCCUCUUCCACGCCUCUCCCUCCGAGGGUUCCUGCCACGGCGUCGAUGGCAAAACAGGCGCGUUGUAUUUAGUCACUGGUGAUGGCGCUGCGGGUGCUUAUUUUGUUUCGAAAACCACGGGGGAUUGUAAGGGGGAUGGGCCGACGCUUGCGCAGGGGACUUGUAUUUCUCCGAAUGGAGCGGGGAGUAUUGAGUUUGUGAGACCUAUUUAG